AUGGCUUUCUUGCUGACCAACAUGGUGGAUCUCUGCCUACUGGAGAAGCUCUCCGAAGAUCUCUUAUGGACGCAGCAGAACAGUGUGUUGCGGUGGAUUUUUAUAAUGUUGGAAGCAGAAGCUGCAUUCAUGUAUGGUGGUGCUUCUGAAAAUGCCAAUUCUUUUGUAAACAGAAUUUGUGAUCUUGAAAACUGUGUCGACGGAGAUACAAUCCUGUUUUCUAUGGUCUAUGUGAAACUCUUUUCAAGCUUGACCAGGGACUUGUUUGCUCUUCAUCAUGCAAUAUUGAAACGAUGCAAAUUGGAACUCUUCAGUGUUACUAUCUUCCAACCAUCUGAGAAAGGACCAAUGCUUCUGAGGAGACUUGCUGGAUCUGAAGAGAUGUUACCUCUCCCAGACGUGACUCGAGAUUGCAGCUCUAAGAUUACCAUGGAAAUCAAGAAUUCAAUCGAAACCUCUUUGUCUAAGAUCAAUUGCUCCAUCCUGUGCCCUGAAGGACCUCACAACGUUGGUUCCUUCAGCGAACCUCAGGCACCAAAUAUGUCAGGACCUGGAAAAAGCAUGUUCCUGGACCAACCUGAGGACGCGGCUGGAGGUCUCAACGACCUUCUGCACUCGUUCAGCGAGCCUCAGACAUCAACAUUCAUAACUCGAAGCAAGAACAAGCUAUCGAUCCAGUCCAAGAAGGGGAAGGCCUCUCCCAGCAUCAGUGAGUGGGAGAAGCUCAUCAUCAUCGACGACCUCGACGACGACUUUGCCAGCCCUGCCCAUCCCAGGCCUGCUGUUGACAAAUCUCCCCGCCCCAAGCCACCGUCUCUAGUGAAGCCACUGGAUGAGAAGACUUCAAGGAUUAUGGAGAGGCUGGAGCCCCCCAGGGCGAAGAAGCAGAGAGCGAACAUCAGCAAGGCCAGCACAGGCGCGGCACUGGCACCUGCCAGUAAACAGAUCAAGAAGCCGUUGCUGCUGCGUGAGCCGAGCGCAAGCCAGCCGCUGCGACCUUCCUUCAACAGGCUUAGGAGAAAGCUCCCUACCUGA